UUGACAUCUUAUUAUUCAACCUCUAUACUUCAAAAACUAUCAUUUACACCCACACUAUACACAACACAUAAAUAGAAGAUCCGUUGCACACAAACUAAAGCUCCUCCUCGGAAUCUUUCUUAGAAGAAACAAAAAGUCUCUCUCCCUGUUAAUCCGGGAGAAGAUUUUUUUUGUUUUCUUCAUCUUUCUGAUAUUUUGGUUCUAUUAUUUUCCUCAUGGAAACAAAAUAUCAGAAUGAUGAUGAUCAAGUUUCAACACAAAAGCAGAAUGGUGAUUUACAAUUAGAGCUAGAGAAAAUAAACAAGACUCCGACCAUGAAGACGAAAAAGGUAUCACGAGGGAUGCACAUGUUCUCCGUCGUCAUGUACAUGCUCCGUCGUCGCCGGAGGAGAAAGACCUUCAACACCAGGUUUUGGCGUCGAAUUGUCGAGUCCGUACGUAAAGUCCGUUCCGAAAUCACGAUAAUGCCGUCGUCCAAUUUCAUUAAUACGAUCGUUCUCCCUCCGGCUCCUCCUCCUCUUCCGGCCUGCACGGAGACCGGAGGAGAAGACGGUGUUGGUGUUGAUGACGUUGAUGAAUCCGGGGACCGUUUAUCGGAAACUAUCGAGGUUUUCACGGCGGCUUCAUCUUCAUCGUCAUCAGGAAUCUCGGGAUAUGGAUCAGCCAUGUCCUUACGUGAUUUGGAGUAUCCUUAUGAUGAUGAUAUCGACGAGGAAGAUGAAUGCUAUAGUGAUGUGGAAGGAGGAGAUGAUAUGAUAAAUGAGAAAGCUGAGGAGUUCAUCGUGAGGUUCUAUGAGCAAAUGAAGAUGCAAAAUCAGCUUUACACUGAUCGUUGCAAAGCCAAGGGGAUAAUGAUGAACUGAUGAUCUAGUUAUGGCCUUAUCGUAUAUGAUUUGACGUCAUCAUCGUGCAUGGAGAUGGGUUUACGUACGUGAGAAUAUCGAUUCAUUAAUUUGGUCAGACGAAGGAUCAAUCUUCAGGUUUCUCUUGGUCGGUUUUGUUUUUUGGUAUUACUAUAAUUUAAUGAAAUUCCUAUAAAUUUUUUCUUCAUUUUUGUUUUGUAAUUUGUGAUUGUAUUUCAGUUAAUGAAAAAUAGGAAAUGAAAUAAAUGUAUGUGUGUUUGUGAGGGAUAUUUAAUUUUGUGCUAUAUAUUAAUUAAAGUCUCACAAAAUAUUAUUUUC